AUGUUCGGGUCGCGCCCACUCCGUAUCUGGGGCUCUGUGCUCUGCUACUUUAUUAUCGCCCUUUUUAUCGUCGGUUAUUUCCGGCCGUACGAGUAUUCCACCAGCGGCGACACUUCGCCAUUGCAUGGCAUUUUUGGUGAAACUCCCAAAGAAUCACAGCAACAGUCACCAAAGACACCCGAAUCGACGCUCGCAGUAGCAUACCCUAUCGAUUACCUGCCCUCCCCGAAAGACGAAGAAGAAUGCGAGCGUUUAUAUAGCCACCGCUACCUAGAUUACCCCGCCACACAUCAUAUACCAUACUGCGAAGAUGGCUCGCAAUCGUCACUCGAGUGCUUUCGCACCCAUAGGAAUGAGUCUCUGUGCCUCGCAAAGCGAUUGCUCAUAGACCAGACACGCACCGAGCCCAACCACCAUACGGCAAUGCAAUGCCAUUUGCGGAAUUUCACCGUGGAGGCCAAAGCCGAUACAUCCGCGGCAAAGUCAUUGCACGGCGUCCUGGAUGUUGAUAGCAUGCCUGUGGGUUUCUUUGACACUGGCGUUCCCGCGCAGAUUAAAUCUUGGGAUUUGGAUACAUCAGACGAGGUUAUAGCCGAGAAAUGCGGGCCCGGAAAACCGGACGGAAAGUGGACUUUGCUGGUGAAAAGGGAAAAUCACAACAACAUCUUCCAUAAACUAUUGGAAUUAUGGCAAGCAAUAGUCAGUCUAGAUAUUUUGCAAAUGGCAAUCGAUCCUUCGACGCGGGAGCCAUAUCUCCACCAGUCUGACUUAGCGAAUAUGCACGUCGUCUUUACAGAUGGUGACGCAGGUCUUGAUGAUGGCUUGGAUGGCUGGUGGGAUAUGGUUACUGGAAAGAAACCCGUUCUACUGAAAUAUAUGCAGCCGGUAUGCCUUGACAAGGUGGUUUUACCACUCGCGGGGUCGUAUUCUCCUUUUUGGGCAUGGCACUGGGUAGAGAAAGACUGCCACGACACAUUUCUCUUGAAUGCGUUUCUGAAGCGCAUUUACCGCUUUCUAGAUAUCGAGCCAAAGAAGCACGGUGGUGAAGAGACGACUAUAGUGACGAUAGUUAAUCGCAAAGAGAGAAGAAAGUUGCGGAAUAUUGAUGCUCUUAUAGCCAGCGCACAAGCAAGGUGGCCAAAAGUGGUUUUCCAGAAGGUAGACUUCGGAUCAAUCUCCCUCAAGGAGCAAGUAAUCGUUGCCCGCAAUACGUCAGUGUUUGUCGGCUUGACUGGAGCCGCCAUGACACAUAUACUAUGGCUCCCAGAGGAGUCAAGCGUGGCCGAAAUCCAGGCACCUAAUAAGAGGUUGCCUGAAGCGCAGCCCUACGCGGGUUUCCGGAAUCUGGCAAAGAUGAGAAACAUGCACUACUUUACAGCACAUCCGGAAAGGAGAGAGGAGGAUCCAGGUAAUGGGAAUGAGUGGCAGACUGGCGAGUGGGUUGAUAUCAAGCCAGAGGUCUUUCAGACGCUUCUUGAUGCUGCUAUCUAUGCCCAGCUUCAUAAAGGCUCGAGCCCGGGUGAGGUGUUACCGGUUGCCAAAAUACCCGAAUGA